AUGCUCCAGCACGCCUGCUGCAGUAUGCCCCGUCCGCAGAAGCCCAAGUCCACCGAAUCCACCAACUCGCGAGUCCGAGCUGGCAAGGCGUGUCAGCGAUGUAACAAGAAGCGCAUCAAGUGCGAUGCGAUGUUUCGCAUACCCUGCGCCAACUGUGUACAUUCAGGAGCUUCCGACUGCGUCCUUCGUCCAACACGACGGGGGACAUAUACCCGGAAGAGACAGUCGAGGAACAAACGUGGUGAAUCCGGUUCCCUGGGCGUCUGCUAUCAAGAGCAAUUCCCAGUGUCUGACCAGCAAGGAGACAAGGAAGUCCACGCAGACACGUCAGCAGCUGCAGCGAGCGAACCCCCACCUGCAGACGACCCCAAUACAGCCACAUUGGGGUCACUAGAUAUUACACCCUCCGCUCGACCGGUUUCGUCUUAUCAAGCAUCGUGGGAGUCUGGAUCCCCAGAGCAGUUCCCACCACACGCUGAUGGCGGUGGCUCGUAUCCCGACAUAUCAUGGUCGGCCAUGUUCGAUCACUUCGUCCGUGCGAGACGCAGUGGAAAGGGGCUUAUGGAUAAAUGUUCAAUCACAUACCUAGGAGAGUCGUUUCCACUGGCCAUCGUUCUCGAUGAUCUGAAUGAGGGCGACCGCUUGAAGCUGCACCAUCCUGGCCCUCCAUUCCCGGGCCAUGAAUCACCCACUGGAGAAACAGCCCACCAGGCGCCAUCGCAUUUACAGCCGGAGGACCUGGAAUGUCUGAAAUGUAAAGGCGUGUUUGAUCUCCCUGACAAGACGCAGCUGGAUGCUCUAGUUGCGGUAUUCCUGGACCGCGUAUACCCAGCAUACCCGCUUGUCAACCGCCAGGAACUGAUAACGCAGCAUGCAGCUGGGGACGUGCCUUUGAUACUGCUGUAUUCAAUCUGUUUUAUGGCUGCGACAUUUUGCCCACUUGCUGUGCUGCAUCGAGCUGGGUAUAACCUGCGCCGAGAAGCUCGCCUGCACUUCUACAAGAAGGUCAAAGCACUAUUCGACUCUGGCUACGAAAUCAACAAAAUAGUUAUCCUGCAGAGCGCAAUAUGCAUGACAUUCUGGGGUGGAGGGCCCAACAACUACUGGAACUUCUACUCCUGGCUGAGCACCGCCGUCACAAUUGCAGAGGGCAUCGGCAUCCACCGGUCCACUGCAACGACUAACAUUCAGCCGCAAGAUAAGAGCUUACUGCGCCGCCUCUGGUGGAUCCUGGUUGUUCGUGAUACUACCUGCAGCACUCUGGUAGGCAGGCCGUUUCGCAUUGAUGUCGACCAGGCCGACACGGAGAUGCUCACCCUGGAGGACUUUGCGCAUGAUGCCCAUACUCCUGAAGUUCUUCUGCCAGAUAACACCCAGAGCGCAUACGCCCAGUACCAGAUCCAGAUAUCCAAGCUUUGCCUCAUCGUACGUGACAUUGUGAUGAGCCGAUUUGCGCCAGGGCGACCACGAAUUUCCCCAACAGAGCUGCACCAGCAACUCAACAUCUGGCGAGAAUGCCUUCCAGUUGUUCUAUCGUGGAGAGACGAUCUUGCAGCUAAUUUUGACACCCUGGGCCCGUUUACCAUGACCCUCAUGGCACAGUACUAUGACCAUAUUCUACUGCUGUAUCUCGGCCAGAGCCCUCUCAAGGACAGAGCCAGGCCAGGCGAGGAGUAUCCCGAUAUCGAGGACAUCACCGACGCAGCAGCACAGAAGAUAUCGUCCGUAGCUUGCACAAUGGUUACCCGGUCUCUGACCCUCCUGAUGCCGCAUGAGUUCUUCCACGGCAUCUUCCUGGCACAGUCAACAUUCUACACGAAACUACGUAGCCCGCACCAGCUCGUCGCCCAGCUCGGUCGCUCUGCGUUGAAUAACUGCCAGAUGGUGCUUCACGCCUCAUACGACUGCUGGGAUCCCAGCCCGUGGAUAAUGCAGCUGUUCAGCGGGCUUUCUGCUCGACUAUCUGAGAGCGCUGGAAAGUCCUACUCUACGACAGUCCCAACAACAGACUCGACGCCAGAAGCAGGCAUAUUCAAUGGGUUGCUCGGAUUUGAGCCGUGGCAGAGUAAUCCUAUGCUCUCGUCGCUGUUCGAUAUGCCACUCGACCUGCUCCUGCCGCAGUGA